AUGAGCGGCCGAGUUGGGGACCUGAGCCCCCAGCAGCAGGAGGCGCUGGCCAGGUUCCAGGAGAACCUCCGGGACCUGCUGCCCACCUUGUCCAAUGCUGACGACUACUUCCUCCUGCGCUGGCUCCGAGCUCGGAACUUUGAUCUGCAGAAAUCUGAGAACAUGCUCCGGCAGCACGUGGAGUUCCGGAAGCAACAAGACCUGGACAACAUCCUCUCGUGGCAGCCACUGGAGGUGAUCCAGCUGUACGACUCGGGUGGCCUGUGCGGCUAUGACUAUGAAGGCUGCCCUGUGUGGUUCGACAUCAUCGGGACCCUUGACCCCAAGGGUCUCCUCCUGUCCGCCUCCAAGCAGGAGCUGAUCCGGAAGCGCAUCAGGGUCUGCGAGCUGCUGUUGCGUGAGUGUGCGCUGCAGAGUGAGAAGCUGGGCAGGAAGAUCGAGAUGGUGUUGAUGGUAUUUGACAUGGAGGGGCUGAGCCUGAAACACCUGUGGAAGCCAGCUGUGGAGGUCUACCAGCAGUUUUUUGCCAUACUGGAAGCAAAUUAUCCUGAGAUGCUGAAGAAUUUAAUUAUUGUUCGAGCCUCCAAACUAUUCCCCGUGGCCUUCAACUUGGUCAAGUCCUUCAUGAGUGAGGAGACACGCAGGAAGAUAGUAAUUCUGGGAGACAACUGGAAGCAGGAGCUGACCAAGUUCAUCAGCCCCGACCAGCUGCCCAUGGAGUUUGGGGGGACCAUGACGGACCCCGACGGCAACCCCAAGUGCUUGACCAAGAUCAACUACGGGGGCGAGGUGCCCAAGACCUACUACCUGCGCAACCAGGUGAGGGCGCAGUACGAGCACACGAAGUCCGUGGGCCGCGGCUCCUCCCUGCAGGUGGAGAAUGAGAUCCUGUUCCCAGGCUGUGUGCUCAGGUGGCAGUUUGCAUCAGAUGGUGGGGACAUCGGCUUUGGGGUUUUCCUGAAGACCAAGAUGGGGGAGCGGCAGAGGGCUGGGGAGAUGACGGAGGUGCUGCCUAGCCAGCGCUACAACACCCACCUGGUGCCCGAGGACGGGAGCCUCCCCUGCCUCAAGGCUGGUGUUUACGUCCUGCGCUUCGAUAACACCUACAGCCUGGUGCACGCCAAGAAGGUCAGCUACACUGUGGAGGUGCUGCUCCCCGACAAGGCCUCCGAGGAGAAGUUGCAGGGUCUCGAGGCAACGAGACCCUCCCCAGAGCAAUGAAGACCCCGGCCGCCGCCUCUGUGCCUGUGCUCUCCAAACCCUUCUCACCCUCCCGGGGCCCCUGCCCUCCAAGCAGGGUGGUGCUGAAGGUGGCUGCAGAGAGCCACCUACCCUGUGUCACAUCUCAGAAGGGGGACAACCAAAGCCUAGGCCGCCCUGAAGAUUCAGAGAAUGGGAGUGAGAAUGAGAACCCUGAGGAAGGGUCCUGCCUGUAGAAGCUGCCCUCGCGUCCCUCCCGACAAGAUCCACCCACCCCAAGACUCGCCCACACCUAGUGUCCCAGCUUGGGGCUGUGUGCAUAGGCCCUUGGCCCUGCAGGGAGCACAGCUUCAGGCCUCGAGAGCAGAGAAGCCCUGUUUUCUGCAGGUGGAGGCCAGCAGGGAUGGGCAGGGGAGAUGGGGCAGGGGUGAGGGUCCUGGUUCCAGCAGAGCUUCCAGGUCUGUCCAAGCUUUUUCUUCUGCCUUUGGAGGGAAAAUCAGAAAUGGAGAAGUGGGACCCCUGGGUGUGGCUAUAUGGGUUGACUCCAGGGAGCAACGAAGCCAUCAGCCAGAGCCUGGGAGCCCAGGCUGUGCUGCCCUGCCCCCUCCCCACUCUGCCCUCUGCCCCUGGCUGGGCCAGGCCAGUGGCCACUGGUAUCUCAGAAGACCUGGGCCCAUGGCUCGGGGUCGUUGCACCUGCUGUUUGUCCUUAUGGGUUUCCGUCCCACAGGGCAAAAGAGUACUGUCCACCAGUGAUGGCCCUGAGGGUGAAAGGUCGGUCAGAUGUCCCUGUAAAAGGGGUCCCUGUUGCAAUGCAGUAGCAUCCCAGAUGCCAAGCCCCUCCCAGAGACCAGAAGCCUCCACAAACGCCAUCUGUCCAGGUGCUUUGCAAGCAGGAAGCCAGGCCCCAGCCCCUUUCCUGCCCCCAGAGGCUGUGAUUUCACUUUCUCCAGUUAAUAAAGGCUUUCUCAAUUACCCAGGACCUAUUUUAGGUGAGAAAAUGAUGAGCCUUGAGAAGGUGGGGUCCUCAGGUGAGCACUGCGGGGUCUUUGGGGCCCCCAGCCCCUGCAGUUGGGGCAGCUGCGCCAUUCACAGGUGCACAUGCAUAGAGUCUGAACACAGGCCCUGCUGCUAUAAAAGGCAUACUAAGUAAACUAAACGCCU